CUACCUACCUAUAACUGUACACAAUUCAAUUAGUUGUCAACAGUGCCUUCCCUGAUUUACCAUGAAGCAGUUUAGUUUUAAACAAUUUAUUAUCUUUUGUGCAGUGCUUGCCAUUUUCAAUUUGAUAAAAGAGGCCAACGGCAUUUUGAAUAAAACAACUGUCAAACUCGAACGUGGAAAACGCUAUUUAGAUUUUUUGAAAUCAAGUCGUAUGUUUUUUCGUGCAAAUGUAAAAAAUAACAUAUUGGAUGUCAACGCAAUUUUUUCCUAUGCCAUCGGAUUUCGAGCAAACUAUCCCAUCGAGAAUGAUAUAAAAAAGCCUAAGCGGGCUUUAAAGCGAGAUAUUUUUCAAAUGCUCGAAACAUUUAUGGAUAGACAUGGUUUCGAUGGAAAAGCAUGUGUUUUGAAAUCUUUUUGUACAUCCUUUAAAGGUGAUUCAUCCCAAGGAGGAAUUUUGUUUAAGACAUUUAAGACCGUUCUCUCAAGUAGCUUGAAUAAUCAUUUAAAAAUAUUCAAACAUUUCCUACUAAAUAAUUUCCAUGCGACACCUUGGAAGUACAUUAUAUUUAUUAAAAUAAAAAAUAGACCGAUUUCAAAAAAUAAUUUAUCCCACAAAAUAAUGAAAUUAUUUACUACACUAUCUCUGUUUUUCGCUACGGCAUCGUUUGUCAAAUGUUUUGAACACGGGAUUAAUUGUAAAACCAAUUCAACAACAAUACUUAGUCGUCCUCGAAGGUAUUUGGAUUUUUUGGACCAAACUCGAGUAUUUUUUCGUGUUAAUUAUAAAGUGAAUGUUGUAACGUGGGGAGCAAUAUGGGCUCAUGCAUCAGGCUGGAAGGCAAAUAUGAAUUUGUUGAAUGAAAACAAGGCUCUUAGACCAUUCCGUAGAGAUACGUACGAAAUGUUGAAAAAACUUUUGGACUAUCAAGGAUUAGAUGGUGAAGCUUGUAUUUUAAAAGCUUUUUGUACUGCAACACGAAAACCUGAUGGAGAAAUGGCUAAUGGAAUGCUAUUUAAAUUAUUGCGGUAUUUGUUUACACUAAAUGAUCAUGAUCGAAAGCACUUUUCAUAUUUAAAAGACGAAAAUUGUGAACAAAUUCUUCAUCACCAUUGUCCUUUGAGUUUCAAUAGCAUAUCACCAUUUACUGACGAUAUUUAAAUAUAAUUAAAAAAAA